AUGGCUGCUUUACUCUCCAAGACGUUAUCACAUGUCCAUAGCAACCUGCGAACAAAUGGUAUGGGUAUUGGUAAUACCCAUAGGAGGAUAUCUCUUGGCUUCUUUCCUCCUAACAAUAAGAAUCCCUUAGUGAGAAAGUAUCGAAAAUCCAAGAGGUCAAGAAAUGAUCAGAGAAGUUAUAUGUCUUUGGGUGAUGAUUUUGGGAGCAGUGUUAGAGAAUCUGUAGCCUAUCCGUACUUGGAUGAUGUGUUGGAGGAAAAUGAGAGUUGGUAUGGAGAAGAUGCCGGUGAAUUAAGUGAAACUAUAUCUUUACCUUCAAGAAUAUCCGAAACUCCUGAUUACACUUCAGUUAAUAUGGAUUGGAUUUUACAAGAACAUGAUAGGCGAUACUCAUCGGUAUAUAAUUCUGAUAAUGAGGAUCAAGAGGCUUUAAAUGAUAUAGAAAGCCAUAACCAAAGAGAAUUUGAAUAUGCUGAAUUUAUGCAUCAGCUUCAUGCACAGAAAAAGGCUCAUCAUUUGGCUUCGCAAGAGUUCAACGGUAAACGUCGCAGGAGACAAUCUUAUGUAUCGGUUAAUAGUAGAGGCACAGUCCCCACAAUUUACCAAGAAUUCGAUGAGCAUGAAGAAGAACAACUUCAAGAAUUAAAUAAUGAGGAAAUUACAUACAAAUCAGAGUCAUAUAUUAUUUCGUCCUAUUCAUUACCUUUAAUUUUUACGUUUUUAUUGGAACAAAUAUUCCCAAUGGUAUGCUCUCUAACAGUAGGCCACUUGGGUAAAAAUGAACUAGCGGCUGUAUCAUUAGCAUCAAUGACUUCAAAUAUCACUCUCGCUGUAUUUGAAGGUAUUGCAACAAGUUUAGAUACUUUAUGUCCCCAGGCUUAUGGUUCUGGAAGAUAUUUAAGUGUCGGGAUUCAUUUACAGAGGUGCAUUUUAUUCUCUUUUAUUAUUUACAUACCAUUUGCCCUAAUGUGGUUCUUUUCAGAACCUAUAUUAAUGUUUUUUGUUCCUGAGAAGGAAUUAAUUUCGUUGACAGCACAAUUUCUCAGAGUUUUGAUUCUUGGUGCACCAGGAUAUAUAUGUUUUGAAAAUCUUAAAAGAUUUUUACAAGCUCAGGGUAUUUUUGAUGCUGGAAUAUAUGUAUUGGCAUUUUGCGCUCCUCUAAACGUCCUAUUGAGCUAUUUACUUGUCUGGAAUAAGUAUAUUGGAAUAGGAUUUAUUGGAUCCGCUGUUGCUGUCGUAAUUAAUUUUUGGUUAAUGUUCUUCCUUUUAUUAUUAUACACCAUCUAUAUUGAUGGGAUGAAAUGUUGGGGUGGGUUUUCUAAAAAGGCAUUUACACAUUGGAAAGAUCUAGGUCAACUUGCAUUGUCUGGAAUUAUCAUGUUGGAAGCAGAGGAAUUAUCCUAUGAAUUGCUUACACUAUUCAGUUCAUAUUUCGGAACUAGUUAUUUAGCUGCUCAAUCAGCUGUUUCAACAAUGGCCGCACUGCUUUACAUGGUUCCAUUUGCUGUAGGCAUAGCAACCUCAACUAGAAUCGCAAAUUUUGUAGGCGCUAAACGUAUCGAUUGUGCCCAAAUAUCAGCAAAGGUUGGCUUAAUGUUUUCUGGACUUGCCGGACUUAUCAAUUGUAGUCUAUUGAUAUUGACUCGUGAUUACAUUGCUAAUCUUUUUUCCAGGGAUGAAGAAGUGAUAUCCUUGAUUAGAAACUUAUUACCAUUAGUAGGAGUUAUCCAAAAUUUCGAUGCUUUAAAUGCAGUUGCUGGCUCUUGCUUAAGAGGUCAAGGUAUGCAAGCAUUGGGAAGCAUUAUUAAUUUAGUCGUGUACUACUUAUUUGCAAUCCCAUUUGGGAUGUCGUUGAGUUACUUUGGAGAUCUAAAGCUUUAUGGGUUAUGGAUUGGUAUUGGUUCCGGAAUGUUACUAAUUGGGUUAAUUGAGGCAUACUAUGUAUUGAAUCCUAACUGGGAUAGUAUUCUAAAUUACGCAGAAAUGCUGAAAGAAAGUGAAGAGGAUGAUUCUGACUAUGAAGAUAAUAUCUCUGAUUCAGAUUCAGAUGAAGAAGGAGAAGAGACUCCAUUAUUGCGCCGAUGA